AUGGGUCAGCUUCGGCUCCACCUUCGUGUAGCUCUUUCCGCGGCUCUCGUCUGCGUGUUAGCGCUCAUAGCCACUGCUGCAGCAGCCAAAGACCUCUAUUCCGUGCUGGGCGUGGAGCGGACAGCCAGCGACAAGGACAUCCGCAAGGCCUUCUAUAAGCUAUCGCUCAAGUACCACCCUGAUAAGAACCCCUCCAAGGCAGCCAAGACCAAGUUCAUGGAAAUCUCUCACGCGUACGACGUGCUGUCGGAUCCGGACAAGCGCAGGCAGUACGACCUCAUGGGGGACCCCUCCGACCCGCCACCCUCCGCGCACUCCGCGCACUCCGCGCACUCCUCCAGUGGGCGCGCCAAGUCAGGGGGGCAGCACCAGUGGCAGGGCGGGCCAGGCUUCGGUGGCUUCGGGUGGGGUGAAGGCGCGGGGGCGGGAGGAGGAAAAGGGAGCAAUGGAGGGAACGCGUACACGUAUCGCUUCUCCUCUGGCAAUGGCGGUGGUGCAGGGGGCAAAAGCGGCAAGUCGUCAUCUUUCUCCUUCUCGCAUGGGGGGGGGAUGGGGGGGAUGGGGGGGAUGGGGGGGAUGGGCGGGAUGGGGGGCAUGGGAGACAUGGGGGGCAUGGGUGGCAUGGGGGGCAUGGGGGGCAUGGGAAAACAAUUUGGCAAGGCGUUUUCGUCAUCCAAGUCGAGCAGUGGCAAGAAGCAUGGUGGGUCGCCGAGCAUGGAGGAGCUGCUGGCGGGCUUCAUGGGUGGCGCUGCUGGUGGCGGCCCCUGGCACGGUGCACAGCAGCGCAGCAAGGCGUCUGCUAGCAGCCAUAGCGUGGCUUAUUCAGCUCAAACUUCGCAAUCUUUAUCCCCGCAUAUCAUGGAGACGGCUAUCGCAAAGACCGCCGGUGGGGCGGCGCACGAGAGCCAAGGGGCACGAGAUGCCGCGGAGCAGACGAACGAGGGGAUCCAGCUCCAACGCGAGGGUGCGAUGGAGGGGGGUGAAACGGCAGGCAACACCAAUUCUCAAGGGUCUAUGCACGAUCUCUCGCCAGGCGACUCAGCCUUGCCCGUCGGCGGAACCCUCUCAUCCUCCCAACCAUCACCACGAGCCACAGCGCCGCUCGCAGGCACCGUUACCGUUCAACACAGCACUGUCAUGGGCGCCGACAGCACUGUGGAGCAGGUGGAGGGGAGCAUGGACGAGGAAUCGCGUCUGAUGCAGGUGCUGGCGCACGCGAAGAGGGAGCAGCAGCGGGAGCUAGCAGCGCUGCUCUCCUUGAAAGCUGCCUCGGAGUCAUCAGCACGCCAGGACAUGCAGGCGUAUAUGCAGCUCUUGUACGUGCCCCGCGAAGAUCAGACAGAGAUGGCAAGGUUCAAGGACGAAUUAGGAGCACUGCUAACGCACCGACCUGUUUCUGGGAUCGAUUCUCAGUUCAGGUCCAACUUGGCUAGCCGAUUGCUCUCGGCUCGGCACGUGCAUGAGAGCAACAAAACUUGCAGCAUUCUUCAAAGCAGCAGCACCAGCAGCACCAGCAGCACCAGCAGCAGCACUUGA